AUGUGCCACACCAGCUGCUCCCCGGGCUGCCGGCCAACCUGCUGCAUACCCAGCCCCUGCCAGGCAUCCUGCUAUGUGCCCAUGAGCUGCCAGUCCUCCGUGUGCGUGCCCGUGAGCUGCAGGCCCAUCAUAUAUGUGACUCCCUCCUGCCAAUCUUUGGGGUGCUGCCAGCCCCCCUGCACCACCAUCCUCUACAGACCCAUCUCCUGCAGCAACCCUUCCUGCUGCUGA